AUGGAGAGUGCUGAGGAGGCCAUGAGGCAGAUGAUUGCUCUGCGCCUCUCAUCCGGCUUCCAAGUUGUGCCUACACGGAAGCUGAGGGAUACGCAAAAAUCGUCGGAGAGGAUCGAGAGAAUGCUGUUGUCCAUGGGUGACUAUUACCACGACAUUCGUUGCUUGUCUGAGAUGGAGGUACAAGUGAGCGAGUAUUGGCAAGACCUUCCAGACGGAUUGGACCAGACAGCAGGUUCGCACUACUCUGUGAGGAUACGGCCGGGCAUUGGUCGUCGUGCGAAGCACGUGGAAGUCAACCUGGCGCAGGAUAGCGGUAGCGCCGAUUGGCCAAUGCUGGAUGAUCAGGCUGCUAAUCCGGAGGUCACUCACGAUCUCGGUGCGAGAUCAAAGCUGAGACUUGUACUGAUACCGGUACCAUUCGCACCUACUGAAGCUCUACGUCAGCUGUCCGAUGAAGAGCGGCGCAUUGAUGGUAUACAGAAGUUGACACAGCUGUGGCAACGCAACAGACAUGUGUCUCACAAAGACCAACUUCAUCAGACCUCGAUGAGCAAGGCUCGUCCGCUAGGCUCAAACGACCGCGAUCCUGACCCGCUAGCGAUCGAAUACCAGACUCGUGAUCCGUCCGCCGUUGUUGGUGCAUACGGAACGACAUUGAGCAACGAUCCAGCGGGCGGCGAAGCAACACUUUUCCCGAAAUCAGAGACCUUUCACACAAGCAGUUUUGACAUGGCUAAGCUAGUCAAGCAUAUGCAAGAGCCUCCUCCCUCUGGAGUAGAGAUGAAGGAUCGCCGUUGGCUGACGCGCUUCCACUUGAGGUGCUUUCGUGGCGACGAGAUGACGAACUGGCUGCUGCAUGUCUUCAGAGACCUUCAGACGAGAGAGGACGCUGUCGCUCUUGGCAAUCAACUCAUGCACAAGGACCUCUUCACACACGUACGUGGCAAACACGAAUUUAGGGACGGCAACUAUUUCUACCAGAUCUUGAGUGCCUACCGGACUUCGGUUUAUCCAGACACAGCUGGGUUUUUUGCAAAAGGCAUGGGCCGCUCGAUGCCGUCCACGCCAAUCACGGAGAUGAGGCAGUCACCCAGUAUGCGUGCAAUGCAGAGCGACUCCGAUUCCUCUGGCAAAGGCUCGCCAGCCUUGGCUAAAGUGGACAGUCGCGAGAAAGAAGCGAUCCUAUUGAGCCAAAGCUUGCUGUACAACGUGGAUCCAGCUAAGAAGUCGUCUCAACCAGAGCUCGUGACGCUGCACUAUGAUCGAAUUCACAACCCUGACAACUGCUAUCACAUCCAGCUCGAAUGGACGACCACCACAGCAAAAUUGGUCCGAGAAGCUGUUGCGCGAUGGUCAGGUCUAGUUGAAGGUCAUGGAUUGAAGCUGGUGCAACUGCCAAUCCUCGAAGCCAGCCGCCUCCAUGAAAGACAUCCUUUGGAACAGGCAGUCUCUGUCAAACUAGCGAUUCGACCGCACGGAAGAGCGCCAGCAACACCGCAUCUUGACCCCAGUGCAGGCUCACCUCGAGGACGAGACGAUCGAUACGUUCAUCAUAAAGCAAUCCUGAGGAAGAUGGAUUUUGUACUGGACCUUGAGGCUGCCGACAACUUCCCGUCGAAGCUCAACAUCGCAUACUCAUGGGGCCGGCCUGAUUACCGCAUGACCCAAUUCAUACACAAGUCUGGCUUGCUACUAGCACAGAUAUCGAACGACGACAAAACCGACUUCCUGCUCCUCCGCAACCGACUGGCCGGACAGUGGAGCAGCCACUCGAACAAGAGAUCUGAAUUACCCUCCGCGGAGAACAUUUUCAAUGACUUCAGAAAAUUCUGCAAGGACGAAGCGGCGUUGAAGCUGCUGUACGAAGAGGUGAACAAGCCUAAGGUCUCGCCAAUGAGCCCGCUCGCGAGGACUCAAUGGAUAGGCGAUGCAGAUGUGCCGCCAAUAGAAUUACCACCGCAUCUUAUGCACCGCACGCAGAGAUGA